UGGAUAGGAGAAGGGAAGUAAGUUUCACUCAGAUUCUGGGAAUUGAAUGUAGGUUUCGUUGCAGGUUGUUACUAAUAUAGUGAUCUAUAAUAGUAUGUUGCAAUCCCAUAAAUGAUCCUGAUCUACUGAAAUGUUGUGUCUGAACGGCGUUUUGUUGUUUUGGAGUCUCUGUCAUGUCCUCAGACAAGCGUGGUCUGAGGAUGAGCUGUCAUCUCCACGGGACGUGCGCGUUGACUCUGCUGUGCAUUGGAGUCCCGCCGCAGACAGGCCAGGGAUAAAGUACACGGUCCAGUACAGGACCAGUGAUCGCGAAAAGUGGCACAACAUUUCGGGCUGUGUUCAGACCGAGCUCACCACCUGUAAUAUACAGUCUGGAUGUGUGAUGGUGCGAGUCCUGGCUCAGGAAGGGAACCGCACAUCCAGAUCCGUCGAAGCCUGUAGACAUGCUGAUUCUUGCAGCCCUGAAGUCCAGUUGACCUCCAAGGAAGGACUUCUGAUGGUCCACAUGGUAAAGAACAACCGUCUACUGGAGGAUUUUGGAGGCCAUUUUCAAUACAACGUUCAAUAUGGCCGAGACGGGGAGGAGCUCAAACAGGAUCUUUACACCUCCACAUCCCUUAAGACCAUCGAACGUCUGGAUGUGGGCCGGAGGUACUGUGUACAGGUCCGGUAUUCAUGUUACCAAAAACCCUUUGGAACCCCCAGCGCUCAACAUUGUGAGUCCAUCCAAGAGUCAGAAAGGACACAGAAAAAGAAGAUUGUGGCGAUCGGUGUGACCUCUACCAUCCUGUUGGGUGUCUUGGUAGUGGGCCUUACGCUCUUCAUCUACAGGCACCAUACGAAAAUCAAACAGUUCCUUCAGCCCCCACUACGGUUACCAGACCACUAUUGUGAGUACCUGUCAGGGGUGUUCCCCCAGCAGGCCCUGUCCCUCACAACCAGUCCCUGUGAAGAACACCAUGAUCUCAUCUCCAUCAUCUGCCUUGAAGAGGACCUGAUUCCUGAGUCUGACAGAGAACAGGAUUAUGACUCACCUAAUGGACUGGAUUUCUUUGAUCAUUAUGAAUGAUCCUGUGACUUCAGACAUGAGACUUAUGCACUCCAUUAGGAUUUGAGAUGAACUUGAUAGCGUCAGAACAUUAACUAGGGGCGGCAGGUAGCCUAGUGGUUAGCGUGUUGGGUCAGUAACCGAAAGGUUGCUGGAUCGAAUCCCCGAGCUGACAAGGUAUGUUGGUAGGCCGUCAUUGUAAAUAAGAAUUUGUCUAGUGAACUGAUUUGCUUAGUGAAAUAGUUUUAUAGUAGGCCUGGCUAUUGCACUGUUUCCACUCCAAAGGCUUUGCUUAGCAUCAGCUACCAACAUUAUUGUUGAUCAAAAGAAAACUAUUUUACCAUAAAGUAAACAUCUGUGGGUAUUUCAGUUUGCUCUGCAACCGGGGCCAGAGAAAGGUGCUUGUGUCUCAGUAAUUACACCUACCCAGUAGCUGGAUUUUCAUUGGAUAAUAAUCGGUGCAAUCAGGUAGUCCAGCUAAAAAUAGAACUGCUAUACAUUUCUAAAUCAUUUUAGGAAAGUGCUGAGGUUUUCUGGAACAGUAAGAAAGUGUCCUUGGGCCAGGACUUAAAUUGGGGGGUUUUGUUUGUUACAUUACUGCUGUAUAUUACAAAUCUGUACAUGUCACACUAUUUCUAAGUAUUAAAAAAAUAAUUCAAAUGUUUAAUGGGGUACUUUGGGAUUUAAGCAAUGCUAACUACCGUUAGUGCUAACUACAAGGUUAGUGCUAACUACCGUUAGUGCUAACGGUACUACCGUUAGUGCUAACUGUACUACCGUUAGUGCAAUGACUGGGAAGUUCAUGGGUAUCUGCUAGCAGGUAAUUUUACGAACCAAUUAAAUGACAUUUUCCCUGAGGUGUACUGUAUGUAUGUAUGUUCAAAGUUGGUUAUGUCUUAAGUGUAAAAGUGUGUUGAGACCUAUAUGCUGUCACUUUAUACGUUCUCCUCGUGCUAAUUUAAUUUAUUUUUAUAUCGAUUGUAUUUCUUCUUUUAUUAGGACGGCGGCAGGGUAGCCUAGUGGUUAGAGCGUUAGACUAGUAACCGGAAGGUUGCAAGUUCAAACCCCUGAGCUUAUUCUGCCCCUGAACAGGCAGUUAACCCACUGUUCCUAGGCCGUCAUUGAAAAUAAGAAUUUGUUCUUAACUGACUUGCCUGGUUAAAUAAAGGUUAAAAAAAUUAAAAAAUUACUUCAUGCUGUUAAUAAAUGUUUGGACACAGUCAA